CGUGAAGUGCGGCUCUUGAGGGGGGCGAGGUUGAAAGGGAGGGAGACGACGAGGGAGUCAACCGGCAGCGUCCACACUCGUUUUGACCACUGAAGGCAUCCCGACGUCUCCUCUUGACUUCAGCUGGGCGAUUCAAGAAGAAUCUGCCAGGAUGGUGACAGUCAGGGUGAUCGUAUUCAGCCUUUUACUCACAGCAGCCCUUUCUGCCCCUGUAAAAGUCAAUGAGGAAACCAGGACUAUGUACCAUGGGGAGGAUUUCCACAUCUUGCUGCCCUCGCUCUCAGUGGAGGUCUCCUUUAAAUCUGGUCAACGGUCACCUGAGAUAGACCUGAUGAAAGACAGCAAAGUGGUCAGCAGUCGAGCAAAACUCAACCGCCAACUCAGCCACCUCAUUGUAGAUGCAGUGGGCGAAGGAGACGAGGGCGUGUACACAGUAAAGUAUCCAGAUGGGAACGUCAAACGAAUCAGGCUUUACGUCAGAGACUGCUCCAAUGAGCAGGGUGUUAAAUAUGGAGACAACUUCAAUAUUCCAGUGAGCGGGGUGGCCCCUCCCAUCACACUGGAGUAUAGGCCCAGUUCUGUGGAGGCAAACCAGACAUCAAGACCCGCUCUGGUGCUGCUGACCAGCACAGGCUUGUCCAGGGAGGGCUACCAGGGUCGAAUCAGCGUCGACGAGCGCCAUGUCACCCUGAGCGCCGUCACAGGUGCAGAUGAGGGCAGCUACACAGUCAGGGAUGCCAAAGGUGACAUCCAAAAAAAAGUGUGUCUUAAUGUCAUAGAGCACAACAUCUUUUUCACCAUACCAUACGGUAAAAGACUGAAGAUAAACCUGAUCCUCAACAGCUCUUUGGUGCAGCUCUACUACACCCUCAACAAAGACCCCACAACCCACCUGCUGCUGGAUAAAGGAGAAUUUACAAAUGCCCGAGAGGAGCUGGGUUUGCAGGACCGUCUCUCCAUGGAGGGCUCACUGGUUUUUCUGGAUCAGGUCAGAGGUGCAGAUACGGGCAUUUUUGAGGUUAAAGACAUACUGGAGUUUGUUGUGUCCAGGAUCCACUUGGAAGUUGAACCAUACAAACUAGAGUCCUUGUAUGUGGCCAUCAUUGCCCUGCUGGGCUUGCUGGUUUUCUUGCUGCUGGUGUGUCUGCUGUCCUGCUUGAUCAAAGUGAAGAAGAGGGCAAAGAGGGCUGCAGCCCUGGAGAAGAUUGCCCAGAAUGCUGGCAAAGAGGAUGAGGGAGAGGCCUUCAGACAGGUGGUCAAAAACAUCACAAAACUUAGUGAGGAGUCCAAGCAUUCCCAGGCAGACAACACAGAGAAAUCUCAGAGCACUGAAGUGGAUAUUAAAGGUCUGGAGGUUUCUUCUAAAGAGGUCGGGAUCGGUAACCUUGAGACCAGUGACUCCGGCGUUGGCUUCAACACCGCCCUCCCACUGGACACUGAUACUGACGUCCCUGAUCCAACCUCCGAGUCUGUGGUUGUCACAGUUUCUGCUGCCCCUGAAACCAAACCAAGUACCCCUCCUGCUGCUGAGUCCAAGCCGAGCACCCCACCAACUUUGGAAAUCAAAUCCAGUCCAGUAGCUGAAGCUAAAACCUCCCCUGCACCCACAAUGAAGAAAACUCCUGAGCCACCAGUGGAAGCAAAGUUGGACUUGCCCAAACCAGUAGAAGCUAAGCUUAGCCCAACCCCUAGCCCUGAGCCAAAGGCUGUUCCAAGUCCAGCCGAUCCAAAACCUGCACCGACCCCGAGUCCGGAGCCUAAGCCAGCUACACCAAAAGCAACAUUGCCAACACCUGAAACUAAGAGUGCCGUGACUCCAACACCCGAAACUAAGAGUGCCGUGACUCCAACAACUGAAACUAAGAGUGCAGUGACUCCAACACCCGAAACUAAGAGUGCCGUGACUCCAACACCUGAAACUCAGAGUGCCGUGACUCCAACACCCGAAACUAAGAGUGCCGUGACUCCAACACCCGAAACUAAGAGUGCUCUGACACCUCCAAUGCCUGAAACUAAGAGUGCCCUGACGCCUCCCACACCAGAGCCCCCAAAACCAACCACACCGGAGCCCAUCACCAACGGUACACCCGAGCCAGCCCUGGAAUCCAAACCCAGCCCAGAUCACACUGGUAUCAUCAGUAGCUCAGCUGCAAAAGCAGCCCCUGCUAAAACCCCUGAGAUGGAGCUGAAGUCAGGCGGUGCUGCGCUGGAGGCCAGCAAAGACGGCACCUUGGCUGAGGAUUCCACCACCACCACUACCACCACCUGAGACCUCUUGCAAAAAUCCAAGGGAAGCCCCAUUAAUUUUUUUUCCAUCCUCUACCACUGUAGACAAUCGAACACCCCAACCAAAUAAUGAAGAAACCACUGAAGCUUGGGCCAGGACUUUGGUUUAAUAUGUCUGAACACAAUAUUACAGUUACAGUAUCUCACGUCUAUACUAACACAAAACCUUUUGGACCAGAUGUUACUUAAAAUCUUCACACAACAAAUGUGGCUUGUUGAUUGUUAAACGUUUUAAUUGUAAGCACCUAGCAGCCUCAUUUUUGGUAACUUUAGAGUACACCUGUCAGACUGCAAAUGAGAUCUUUUGCAGAGUUUACAAUUAAGAUACUGACUCAAUAUGAGGUGUUUUUAACUUAAUAGAUAGCCAGUAAAGGUUUACAACAUUUCAGUAAAAUUAUACUUCUACUUGAAUUACAGGAAUACUAGAGUGUUUUGUUAAAUCUUGACUAACCACCCGACAAACCGCUUGUUCCCCUUGUUUGCAUAAAGAUAAAUAACAUGAAACUGAAACUAUUUUCAUGUCAUACCUGCCAACACCAUUCUAAUUGGGUUUCUCCAGUAUUUGACAGCCAUCUAGGGACUUCAUUACAAGUUUAUUUAAGUUUGUAUAAGGACACCAAAGUCGCCAAAUUAUCUACGAAUAUCUGCUACUUCAUCUAUUUCAGCCUCGGUCCCUACAGCUUGGCAACCAACAAUUUAAUUCAAGUGGACAUAUCUGCACUGUGAGCAAUGGGCAAAUUUUAGUGAGCUAUACUGAAGAAUUUUAAUUUAUAAUCCCAAGUCACCUAGAUGUCUGCCAUGUAUUUCUAAAAGUGCAGAGUGGAUUUAAAUGUCAGCACAGUGUUAGAAAAUUAUGCUCUCUAGCAUAAUAGUUUUCAAUAGCACUAGCAUGGCCUUAGGGCACUACUUUUGUAUCCCUUUGACACAUAAAUGUUGGCAGGUAUGGUCAUGUCAAAUCUACAAAAAAAGAAAUACAAUAAAGAAGCCCCUCUAAUCACGUAAAUCACACUGCUUUGGGCAUUUUGUACAUAGUUGAAAUGCAUAUGUCAUGUGCAUUCUGACUUCAGAAACAUCAACAAAAGUUUCUUUGUCUUAUCUGUAACCAAACAAAAAGAUAUUCUUGUAACACUAACCCCUCUAUUAAUAGCCUCUGAGAUAUCGACUCAGGCUCCCUGUGGAUAUCUCAGAUGAUUAAAACAUGUUAUCCAUGCCUUUCCCUCAAGUCUAGAUCAACCACUUUACGAUCUUUGAUGUGGAUUUCCCGGUGGCUCUAUAAAAAUCCCAUUACUCCUUCAGUUUGAGGAGGAGGGAGCUCAUGCCAGCUUCAACUCGAGGCAUUUAAUGGGACCACCAGUGUGCCACAGAAUGAGUGUCUUUUAUAGGUCAAAUACUGAAUGAAAGUAUCUAAAACGUUACGAAUAUUUAGAACAUGCCUCGAUCUUAGCUUUAGUUUCCUUUCUCAGCUCUUUUACUUUGUUGGCCAUCAUUUCAACUCAUACUAAAUACAAAACCUUUGGUAAAUAUUUGAAAUACAUUAUUGGCUCAAGUUUAUAAUAAUAACAUUGAGCAGAGUCAGUCUCAUUGGCCCUCUUAAAUUUGUAAAAAGCUUAAACAUUUAUGCAAAGCAUGUUUUAAAGCUCCAAAACACUCCUAUGAAGCCUUUUUCCAAGCCACGGAGUUGAGAAAUCACAAGGAAAUCAAUCUUGUAUGGUACAGAGGAGGUGUGCAGAUAAAUUUAGUGUUAGAAAUUGCAUGUCUCUACCUCAUGUGUAAAGUGACUGGGACGAAAAAUGACGACAGACCAAGCUUUAUGUAUUAAAGCAAACAGAAGAGCAUUUGAGGUUUUGUGCACUGCAAAUACUCAAAUCUCUGCAAGUGUUUUUGUCUGAGUUAUGCUCAAAAUAACUCUUAUGUUGAGACACACUUAUCUUACAAGUCCAUAUAAACAUGUUACUUCAAGAUAAAUCAAGCAAAAAUUAAGGCAUGGAGUGGUUGUAUUGUUUGCAAACUGUUUGAAAACAGUAUGGAGGCAUAUUACCCUUCAAUCCAACAGAUACAUAGCCAGCUUGGCAUCAGACUUCAACCCACUGUUUCGCACAGUUUAAUAGCCUAUCUCAUAUUAACUCCAGUCCAGCUUCUUGCUCGCGUCAGGUCAGGUAUGGGAGCAUAUGCCAGUUUGGCAUUUCACCACGUUAGCCAUAGCCCUGUAUUGCUCUGGCCUCCUGAUGGCCAUUGUCCAGGACUGUUCCAGCUCCAAGCCCCAGCUCUUCAGGUAUUCUCCCAGCUGCCCCCUCCAUGACCAGCCCACCAGGUCCUGGGCACCUAGUAUGCAGUGUGCUGGAUCAGGCUAGGGAAAGCACACCAGGUGCCCGAGUGCACCUGUAGUUCACAUAUCAAGCUGCUGACCCUUACUAUCCCCGCUCUCCUGCUCCCCUGCUCAUCUGCUUACCUCUUUUCGCCUCACCCAUUGUAGUCAUUGCAGUCAGACUAACUGGCUUCUUUUUAGCAGAAGGCUGGUGUGUAAAUUAAUAACAUAAAGCUGUAGAAGAGCAGUGGCCCUCUGCCAAGGGUACAUGGUGCUGAAAUCAUAUGGCCAUGGCACUCUGCGGAAAUAGGAUAAAAAAUUUUCUCCGUGUUGAAAAUUAUUGUAUGAGAUCUAUCAGAUGGACUUUUAAGACUACUAUUUCAAGGUGGAAAAGCUACUUUUUGUUGCUUUACAUGCCUAUGAAGUAGAUUCACUUUCUAAAUUUUCUUGCCCAAUUGUAAGAUUUUUUACUUAUUGUAAGCAUUUCAGGCCUAACUUUUGCUUUUAUACCUUGAACAAGAUGCUUAUCUGGACUUGUUACUGAAUGUGACCUGAAAUAAGUGUAAAGAUUAAAAUUAGAUUUGCAAGAGUUGAGUUUAUGCAAUGUGAGAGAAGCAACAAAAUUGCACCCAUGGACGUUUGGAUGGUCAGUGAAAUGUAGGGAAAUUGUACAGUAAAUCUACAACCAACUGGCCUUUCUUGGUAGCUCUCUUUCCUAUUAGAUUUUCUUACAGCAGAUUCAAAUCAGGCUAUUUGUCAGCAUUUUAAAAAGCCAUAUGACAAGAUAGGUUUAGAUGUAAGAUUUGAUAUUGAGAUCAAUUGAUAUCCAUUAACCAGAACAAACCAAAAAAAUCAAGAUGAAUCGAAUGGCCUUGGUGUUAAACAGUUUCAAGUGGGCUGUUUUUUUUUUUUUUAUGAAGGCAUUUUAAUGUAAAAACACUGAAUAUGCCUCAUUUGUUGUCUGGAUCUGUAAAGGAACUUCAAACCAGUUUUAACAAUACAAAAUAAUCAUAAUGCACAGACACAAGCCAGACACACAUUCCAGCCUUGUAAAUAUUGCAUGUGUACGCCAGUUUAACCCCUUGAAGGCUGAAUGUUUUUAGUGUACAGAAUGCUGGUUGUAUUAUACAUAAUAAUAAAGGGAAUAACUAAAUUUCUCACCAACUUUAAAUGCAAAUAUAUAAACACAUUAUAUACUACUAACACUAAUAUUCACUAAUGUUUUAAACUAAUUUAUAAGCCAAAUAUUGUAAAAAUCCAUCAAGAUUAUGACCAAUUUUCUGCUGUUUUUGCCAUUCAAUCCUGAUGAUACUCGCAGCAUACGGCUUCUCUCACACUAUUUUCCUUUGUAUCCAAAUGUUUAACCUAUGUCACCUAAAGCAUGCUCAUGCCAUCGACCUUUUAUCAUCUUAAAUGUGUGUGACUGGCAGAAUGAUGUUUUUAAUGUGGCCAUCAUUGUAUGUUCGGAAUUUUGUCGUUAAAGUGCAUGUACAAAUGAGCGUGGGUGAUUUAUGACAGUGAUUUAUAUGCAUUUGUGUGCUGAGUCUAUGCAUAGAGUGACACCACUGUACUUUACACGUGCAUCUUCUCCAUCUGUCGUGAGUAUGGUGUUCAUGUGCCUGCUUAACUCGUCCUGCGAUGUAAAGAUGACAAGUGUUCACAUCAUGAGUGUAAAUGGGUUUAAAGCCACAAUAUAUUGUGUAUACAGAUAAUGUAACUUUGAGACUUUUGAGUGACUUUUGUCUAUCUGUUUAGUGCCUAUACCCUUUUUUGGAUAGCUCAGUCAUAAUCCAACACUCCUUAUGGCACCUUUUACUUGAUAUUUAUAGUACUCAGCCUUGUAAAAAUUUGUUUGUGCACAUGACUGAACAAAGUAAAGCCACUGGCAGGCCUGUGUUAUACGUGUAGUAAAUAUGUCAGACAUUGAAUUCAAGUGAUGCAAAUCUAGUGCGUUUCCACCAAGUGGUCUGGUUUAUUUAGGUAUGUUUUGGUAUGGCAUAUCCUGGUCUUGCUUGCAUUUCCAUUGCAUAUUUUUGUUUGGUCAUUGUUACUGCCAUCAAACAGGAAGUAACAAUUCUUUCAACCACUCAAAGGACUACAGCGUGUCUAGUUGGAACCUGGUACCCUAUUAGAUGGUUACCCAAAAGCAGGAUGGUCCAGAUCAGUUAUUUUGGUACCUUUCUUGACUUAGAUUGUGGAAAUGCAAAUACUCCCAUACCAUUCAAAUCAAACUGAACUGGACUGCUUGAAGAAAACACACCAUAAGUAGCAUAUAAAGAGCGUUGAGUUUGCUCUGCGUGUGAGGUGAGGUGAGGGUGUUUUCCAUUCCAUUGAUCAUUGUUGCACAGUUCAGAGUACGUGAGUGAAUUAAUGAAGGCAGCAGAUGAAUGAGAAGCUCUGUGCGGGUAACCCCUCGGGCUGAUGUUGACAGACUGCUAAAACAGCAUUUUCGUGCACCACUGCUAAUGUUUAAUGUAAGUGAUUGUAAUACCAAGCUGCUCAGAAGGAAAAUUGAUGAGAAAGUGGCAGAUAUGACAUGUAGCUUUUGGUUUACCAGCAUCUCAAAGAUGGCUCACUCUAGUGGGAUUUGAAACGAUGACAUCAAUCUGGGUUUCUGGUUUCAUGCCCACCUCUGAUAGAAGCCACUGCUUUUAUUACCACUGGCACUCUGCACUAAAUGAGUAGUCUCUGCCCGGAUCUCUGUUUACUUCUUUGUCCUGGCCUGGGUGUGGUGUGAUGUCCCACCUGUUCUCUCUGUACUCCCUUUUUGCACAACUUCACACCAAUGUUUUGUAAAGAAAAAUCUUUAUUUCAUGUCUAAAGGAAUACUAAGAAUAAACAAUCUAUUACGACA